UGGUAAUUUUUUACCAACCCCACAACUGGGCACAAAACGUGCCAAAAGGCCCGUUUAAGUGUGUAAUCCCCCUUUGUUCGCAUAAUUCUGGUGCCUUUGACCCGCCAGGUUGGUAUCGCCUGAGCCAAAUGUCAAGCGAUGCUUUUAAGAAAUGGCCAUAAACAACGUAAUUUCGCUCAUUUUGUUCGUUUUAAUCGUCCUGGAUUGCGAUUUAAGCGGUGCCGGAGUUACACUUCCCGUGACAACAAAAUGCGAAUUUCUCAACCAAACUUUGUGCACAGACAGCAAGGGGGCUAAUUGUAGCGAGAUUCAAGAGUGCGAGAAGCCCGAGGCGGGUAAACGUAACCAUUGUUUCGUUUUGUGGUCGUGGAACGACAAUGGAACCGUCAGUAUUGCGCUCAAGGGCUGUUUUCUCAAUAGUGAGCAGUGCUACGACAAGUCGGAGUGCGUGGAGCGCAGCCCCAAAAGCCAAAAACCGAAGCACAUGUUCUGUUGUUGUGAGGGGAACAUGUGCAAUCAGAAUUUCACCUGGGAGCCUGCUCCUCCCACUGAAGCCCCCCCUUCGAGCACCCCCAUUCCGGUCGUUUAUAACCCACAUUUUAUCUAUUAUAUAGCCCCAGCUGUCUUUAUGGGGUUUUUGGUCUUGUCGGCCCCCAUUCUGUGGUAUUGUUGGCGCAAGCGCAAGUUUUACUUCAAUGAGUUGCCAACUUCUGAGCCCAAUCCCUUGCCGCCUCCUUCACCCUUUUUGGACACACGUCCGAUUCAAUUGAUUGAAAUUAAGGCAAGGGGGCGCUUUGGGGCUGUCUGGAAGGCUCAGUUCAAGUCGGAGGAAGUUGCAGUUAAAAUUUUCCCAAUACAAGAUAAACAAUCAUGGUUAACUGAACAGGAAAUUUUCAAAUUGCCGCAUAUGUCUCAUCCGAAUAUUUUGCAAUUUAUUGGAGUUGAAAAACGUGGUGAUAAUUUAAAAGCUGAGUUUUGGUUGAUUACGGCAUAUCAUGAGAAAGGUUCGUUGUGUGAUUACUUGAAGGCGCAUACGUUGACUUGGAAUGAGUUGUGUUCGGUGGCCGAGACGAUGGCGAGAGGUCUAAUGCACCUCCACGAAGCCAUCCCGGGUAAAUCCCCCUCAGAUCCUGUAAAACCCGCUAUCGCACAUCGCGAUUUCAAAAGUAAAAACGUCCUCCUUAAGAGCAACAUGACGGCAUGUAUUGCCGAUUUUGGUCUUGCUCUUGUUUUUGAAUUUGGUAAAUCGUGUGGUGAUACACAUGGUCAAGUUGGUACACGUCGUUAUAUGGCACCGGAAGUUCUGGAAGGUGCGAUUGAUUUUAAUCCAGAUGCUUUUCAACGUAUUGACAUGUAUGCAUGUGGGUUGGUUUUGUGGGAAUUGGUUUCGCGUUGUACGGCUCAAGAUGGUCCAAUUGGUGAUUAUCGUCUACCUUUUGAAGAAGAAGUUGGUCAACAUCCAACACUUGAAGAUAUGCAAGAAUCGGUUGUGCAGAGAAAAGUACGACCAGUGAUACAGGAGCAUUGGAGGCAGCACUCAGGAUUGGCAGCAAUGUGCGAUACGAUAGAAGAGUGUUGGGAUCAUGAUGCUGAAGCUAGAUUGAGUGCAAGUUGUGUAAUGGAAAGAGUGAUGUUACAGAAGAGGUACGGGCAUGGCGGGUACGGUAUGAGGAUCGAAAAUGAAAAUUUGUUGUCACCGUUGAAGGAGAAUAGCAUGUAGGAAGCCAUCAUCAGCAAUGAAAAAAAAUCAGUACCUGCAUUGCUAUAAAAUACAGUACCUGGGCGUCGAGCAGCCUGUGCCGUGUCUUAGUUACCACACUUGCCUACCAGGAGAAGUAUUUCAUCGUCUUUUGUUUUUCUACAUUUUUUGCAACAACAACAAAGUGACAGUUGUUUUAUUUUUGUUUGUUUGUUUUCGUCAUCAUACCAAUGUGCCAAUAGAGACGUAACGAUUUUUAUAAACACAAGACUGGUUUUUUGUUAUUAAUUUGUGUGGUGUUCGGGACACUUAAAUGACGUUUUGAAGUUAGAAAACAAAAUGGACGUCGUCGAUAGGGUUUUCCUCCUCUUGAUCCUCCAGUUUUUUUUUUUUUUGGUACAUAUCUGAAAUCGGUUAAUUCGGACGAAUUCGUGCAAUUAGUUUUUUGUAACGCGCAAAAUAACCGAUAUAUAUUUUUAAUAAUUGUGUGUCUUAGAUGUUAGUAGAGACAAUGUACAGAAUUUGUAUUUGUUGGAAAAAAAAUCCAGUAGAUCUGGUUAAAUAAUAAUAUUUUUGAAAUUGUUAACAAAACGAGAAAAAAAAUACUCAAAUUACCCGAUUUGCCCCCAAAGACUGAAUUAUUUAGGGAUUUUUUUCUUGCCAACCUGUUUCUUCCCAACUACCUCCUACCUAUUUUUAUGUCCGUGGUGCUUCGCUCACUGGAUUUUUCUCGUGUGUAAAAAAUGACUAGAUUAAUUUAGUGUUUAAGACAACAUAUCACGAAUUUCUUUUUGUUUUUCUUGACGCAAUAGUGCAAAUACCAGUACAAUAUACUAUAUGACAAAAAUAGCAUUCCGACGAACCGAUUCAAUUUGCAACUACUACAGGAAACUGUAAUUUCGUUUUUUUACUGUAGAUAAUGUAGUUUUUAGUUCUUCGUUAACUCUAUUUGUAUAAAUAAAUAAAUAGUGUAUGGAUUAUUA